AGGAUCCACGCCGAAGCUGAAUGCAACGCAAGUCAUUCACUCUGAAGCUCGUUUGAGAUAAUUCUCAAUUUCCCACUCUUUUCGUUGAUCAACAAAGGUAACCUUUCGAAGGUACAAAAUGAUAAUCUGUUAUUAGAUUUUCCUUGUAUUUUCAGAAUUUUCUAGUAAUCGUCAAAGUGUUGAAGCUGUUGCUUGUUUCAUGUGUCUCCCCAUGUUAAAAAUUGCAUAUUGGAAGAUGUCUGGGUUACUGAUGAGUUGUGUUGCAUCUGGUUUUAACUGGGUUUUAUAAAAUUUUCAGUUUUGUACUUGCCCUUUUCUUUGAUUGCCAAAAAAAUGGGAGGAAGUGAAAAGAAAGUAUGUUGUGGAUUAUCAGCAAUUUGUGGCUGUUUUAUUCCUAUUAAUAGAAAGUAUAUGACUGAAUCAAGGUUUUUGAUGAAGGGUUUCUUUUUAAAUGAAUAUUGAAGUGGUAAGUAAAGGUUGGGAUUUUUACUUGGUUUUCUGUUCUGAAAUUUCUCAGCUACCAAGCUGUAUAUUUGGGGUUUGGACCUUAGAGUUGAUGGAGAAUUUGGGUUCAGGAGGAGGGUUUUUGUCAGGUACAAGUGAGAGGUUGUUAGACCUUGAGUCUUCAAUUCACAGACAGCAGCAGUCCCAGUUGGGUCAACACUCAUUGAUGCCGCAUAAUCACAUGAUUAACCUUGAGAAUGAUCAACAUCAGAUCGGGUUGAUGGAGUUGAAAAGCUCUAACAAUAGAGGAUUCUCUAUGAAUUUUGGUAAAGGAAAGGCAGUUAUCCCCGUUGAUUCUGCACAUAAUGGAAGUUUGAGUGAAGAAGACGAAUUUACAGAAGAUGGAAAUGGUGAUAACAGUGUUAAGGCCAAGAAAGAGUCACCAUGGCAGAGAAUGAAAUGGACGGAUAAUGUGGUUAGGCUUCUUAUUGCUGUGGUUGCUUGUGUAGGUGAUGAUGGAACGCAUGAGGGUGCGGAGGGGCUUAAGAGAAAAUCUGGGAUAUUACAAAAGAAGGGCAAGUGGAAAACAGUGUCCAAGAUUAUGAUUAGUAAGGGUUGUCAUGUUUCACCUCAGCAAUGUGAGGAUAAGUUUAAUGACUUGAACAAGAGGUACAAGAGAUUGAAUGAUAUACUUGGAAGAGGAACCACUUGUAGAGUGGUUGAGAACCCUUCUCUCAUGGAUUCUAUGCCCAAUCUCUCAGCCAAAUCAAAGGAUGAUGUAAGAAAGAUUUUGAGCUCAAAACACUUGUUUUACCAGGAAAUGUGUGCUUACCAUAAUGGACAGAGGAUACCAAAUUGCCAAGAUCUUGAUCUGCAAGGAUAUUCUCUACCUCUUGAGAGAUGCUCCAAGGACAAUAAUGAUGGGUCGGAUGAGGAAGAAGCUGUGGGAAACAAUGACAGUGAGGAUGAUGAUGAGAUGGAUAAUGAAGAAGAUGAUAAUGCUGAUGGGGAUGAAGAGAGGAUUCAUGACCUUGGUGAGAGGAGUAAGGGAACUAAAGAGGAUGGCCAUUUCUGGUCACCAUCUUGUCAGUGGGAUAAUUUCAAGAUAGAGAUGGCAGGGAUUUUUCAAGACCCAACAAAGUCAUUAUGGGAGCAAAAGGAGUGGGUUAAGAAACAAAAGUUACAACUUCAGGAGCAAAGAGUCAACUUGCAGGCAGAAGCUUUUGAGCUUGAAAAACAACGGCUUAAAUGGAUCAGAUACUGCAACGGGAAAGACAGGGAGCUAGAGAGAUUGAGGCUGGAAAAUGAGAGUAUGAGACUUGAGAAUGAGCAAAGUAUAUUGCAUUUGAAGCAGAAAGUAUUCGAAAUAGGUUUCACGAGGCCUGUUACAACCUUUGGACCUACUUCAGUUGGCACUGACAGACUGAAAGGCAGAGAAUCUAGAGAGUCCUCUUAAUCUCCAACACUGUGACAACUCUCUCAAACCCCUUGUUGAAGACGCUUCAUUGUGUUUUUUCCGUUAAGUUCUCACACGUUUGGCCACUGUGAUAUUUGUAUUGACUUCAUAAAAUGGUGUCGAUCAAGAGACAGUUUUGCAGUCAAGAGAAGGAAGACUGGGAGAGCAGACUGGUUGGCAUAAAGCAUGUACAAUUAGUAUUGGUAUCCCUACUUAAAUUCUCAAACUUGUAUUCUCUUAAAUUUUUUAGGCUAUAAGAUGUUCUAUGAGAAAGAUUAUGUUCUAAAUGUUCAUGGUGUGCCAAGUCUUUUAUAUACUUGUCAGAUGAAACAAUUACACAUUUGUUAGCUCUUCUUCUCUAGAACAGUACUUAACAGUCAUGAUCCAGAAUAAUGUGUGCAUAUUGGU